UCCCGUUGUCAAAGUGGUGACCCUCAGCUUGUACUGUAAACUUCUCCUCCUCUUUUCUUGUGUACAAAGAAAAACAUACUGAAAAAUAAAAUAAAACGUUUUCCUCCUCGUCAAUUAACCAAAUUUUCUGUUCACAUGCACAGAAAAACUUGACAGAAAUUAUAUAAACCAUUAAAAUUAAAGUAUAUAACAUAAAGUUUUGUUAAUUGAAAAGAAUUAAAAAGCUCAGUGCUUCAACAACCAUUAAUACAUGGCACUGUUUCGGAAAUUGUUCUAUCGGAAGCCACCUGAUGGACUGCUGGAGAUCUGCGACAGAGUUUACGUAUUUGAUAGGUGUUUCACUACUGAUGUUUGGGAAGAAAAAAACUACAAAGGCUAUGUAGCAGGUAUAAUUAGCCAACUUCAGGAUCAUUACCCUGAUGUGUCAAUUUUGGCUUUCAAUUUUCGGGAGGGCGAGUCACAAAGCCUGAUUGCAAAUGAUCUAUCUGAGCAUGACGUGACAAUAAUGGACUACCCUCGACACUAUGAAGGAUGUCCUUUGCUCACUAUGGAGAUGAUAAACCAUUUUCUUAGAUCUAGUGAAAGUUGGCUCUCCCUUGGGCAACAAAAUGUGCUCCUAAUGCAUUGUGAAUGGGGUGGUUGGCCAGUUUUGGCAUUUAUGUUGGCUGCAUUACUAAUAUCUAGACGACAUUUCACUGGGGAACAGAAGACCUUAGACAUGAUUUAUAAGCAGGCUCCUCGCGAGCUUUUGUACUUGUUGCAACCACUGAAUCCAAUUCCUUCUCAGCUAAGAUAUUUACAGUAUGUAGCAAGGAGGAACAUGAACGCGCAAUGGCCUCCAUUGGAUAGAGCACUCACUUUGGAUUGCGUCAUUAUUAGGAAAACACCUAACUUUGAUGGCGAGGGUGGUUGCCGGCCCAUACUUCGUAUUUAUGGACAGGAUCCAUUAAUAGUUGCUGAUCGAUCUUCGAAAAUUUUGUUCUCAACACCAAAGAAAAAUAAUGUUGUCCAUCACUACAAGCAGGUAGAAUGUGAAUUAGUUAAGAUUGAUAUCAAUUGCCAUAUACAAGGUGAUGUAGUCUUGGAAUGUAUUAGCUUGAAUGAUGACCGGGAAAAGAUGAUGUUUCGGACGAUGUUUAACACAUCUUUUAUUAAGUCAAACAUUCUGAUACUUAACCGAGAUCAAAUUGACACAUUGUGGGAUGCUAAGGAUCAAUUUCCAAAAGACUUCAGAGCAGAGGUUCUUUUUUCAGAGAUGGAUGCUGUUGCUUCCCUAGAUCCUGUGGAGGACAGUGCAGAUUCGCUGAAUCAAAAGGGUGAUGCUGUUGGCAAUACACUCCAACAAAUAGCUGCGUCAAAUUUGAUCCCGGAAAGACUGGAAUCUUUGUCCGAGAAUACGGACACUAGCUUCCUCAUUGAUCAAGCUGCUUUAGAGAAGCCUCAAGAGAGGCAAAGAGCUGCAGCAUUAGAAAAUAUUUCUAAGGGCUUGAGACAGUCUAAUUUGGAGCAGCAUGUUGGGUCAUUCUCUGAUCCGUUGUCCGAAGAAUACCAUGGCAACAAACAAAAAGCUGAGCUUCAGCUUAUUGAAACCAAAGUGUCACCUCAUGAUGUCACAACAGUGGAACAUCCUUCAUUUCAUGGACAAGAAUGUGGUAAGCUGAAAAAAGUUUCUUCUCUACCUGAAAACAAGAACCGACCACUCAUGACGGAUGUUCUCACUUCGCCUCCUCCACCUUUACCGGCAAAGGAUCAAGAUAUUGUCACUGGAAAGCCUCUAUCUCCUGCUCCAAUGCCACCAACACUACUCACUCCUCCCAAGGAUAAGUUAGUCAUUGGAACUGUACCUUCUCCAUCACAGCCUACUACGCCCAGAAACCAAAGUCCUAAUACUGUAUAUUUGAAAGAUGAUAGAACUACAGUAUCUCAACCUGACACAUUUCGGCUUCCUCUUGAGAUGCUUUCAAGUCCAUGUCAGAAUGACAAAAUUUCCAAAAUGGAACCUUCUCCUUAUCCCCAACCGCUUAUCCCAAGUUUUUCUUCUCCAUCAGCCUCCAUACCCAAUGUCAAACCUCUAGAAGAAAAGUUGGGUAGAGAGUGUGGGCCGUUGCCGUCGCCACCACCUCUACCACAUUCAACCUCUGUAUUGGAGGAGAAUUCUGCUUCUGUUAGUGGACCUCCUCAAACUCCAGCACCUCUUACACCACCUUUGAAAAAAAAUUCAACUUCCAUUGGAGAGCUAUCACCACCGCCACCGCCACCGCCUUCUCCUCCUCCUCCUUUACAUACAACCCCUGUGUUGAAUGAGAAUUGCUCCUCAAUAAGUGGACCACCUCAACCUCCACAUCCACCUACCCCCCCUUUGAAGGAAAAAUUAGUGUCCAAAGGUGGAAGGCUACCUCCUCCACCUCCACCGCUUCCUGGGCAGCCUGUGAAGGAGAAUUCUUCUUUAACUGGAGGACCCUUUCCACCUCCAACACCUCCUUUGCCUACUGCACGGGAUUCUAGUCCUACAAAUUCAUAUGCAGUGCCAUUGCCACCGCCGCCACCUCCUCCUUCCCUGGAUUCAUCACUCAAGGAUAAUAACAAUCUUCCACAGACUGCUCCUGUUCCUCCUCCUCCUCCGGUUCUUUUUCCUAAGGUGGAUGUAGAAGCAAGUUCUGGUCACACACGGGCAGCAUCAAGUGGUAGUGCAGGGAAUAAUCUGCCUGCUUCUCCAUCUCCACCCCCUCCUGUUGCUCCUCCACCUAAUAAAAAUUACCGACGGCUGUUGUCUGCGACUUCAAGAAGCAAUUCAAAGAAGCUGAAGCCUUUGCAUUGGUUAAAAAUAAGUAAAACAGUCCAAGGAAGCUUUUGGGCCGAAAUUGAAAAAUGUAGCUAUGCCUCCAAGUCAUCGGUGAUUAAUAUGUCAGAACUUGAAUAUUUCUUCUCAGUUCAAAGUUUAGACCAAGCAGGUGCAGGAAGGAAUGGGAAUUCAAGGUCCAAAAUUGGGCAGAAGCCUCAGAAAGUGCAGCUGAUUGAUCAUAGACGGGCUUAUAAUUGUGAAAUCAUGCUUUCCAAGGUGAAGAUACCGCUGCACGACAUGCUGAGUUCUGUGCUAGCAUUGGAAGAUUCAGCAUUAGAUAUUGAUCAGGUUGAGAACCUGAUUAAGUUUUGCCCAACAAAGGAAGAAAUGGAGGUGCUCAAGGGUUAUAAAAGAGAUAAGGAGAUGUUGGGUAGAUGUGAACAGCAGUUUAUGUUAGAAUUGAUACAAGUCCCUCGUGUAGAGUCCAAGCUACGGGUUUUCUCAUUUAAGAUUCAGUUUCAAUCCCAGAUUUCGGACCUAAGGAAUAAUCUCAAUAUUGUGAAUUCAGCAGCUGAUCAGAUCAGAGUUUCAUCAAAAUUGAAAGGGAUUUUGCAGACAAUUCUGUAUUUGGGAAAUGCUCUCAACCACGGAACUGCAAGAGGGUCUGCUGCUGGUUUCAAGUUGGAUAGCCUCCUUAAGCUAACUGAGACACGUUCGUCGAACACUAAGAUGACUCUCAUGCAUUAUCUUUGCAAGAUACUUGCUGACAAAUCGCCUGAGCUACUUGAUUUUUCAAAAGAUCUUUCCAGCUUGGAACCUGCAGUGAAGAUACAACUGAAAUAUUUGGCAGAGGAAAUGCAAGCUGUUAGCAAAGGAAUGGAGAAAGUUAAACACGAACUCUCCAUGUCAGGAAGCGAUGGACCUGUGUCUGAGAAUUUCUGUAAGGCUCUGAAGGAGUUUCUGGGCUCUGCUGAAGGCGAAGUCGGGUCCUUAGCUCAGCUUUUUUCGGAUGUGGGCAGAAAUGUCGAUUCAUUGAUUGUUUACUUUGGAGAAGAUCCAGCUCGCUAUCCAUUUGAACAAGUUGUCGCAACGUUUAUGAGCUUUCAAAGAAUGUUCAAUCAAGCACAAGAGGAAAAUCGCAAGCAGCUGGAAUUUGAGAGAAAGAAAGCAGAGAAGGAAGCUAGGGAGAAACAGAGGACACGUAAGCAAACUUGAUACUUUGAGCAUUCAGUGUAUAUUGCGAAUUGAUGUAGUCAUAUAUCAGCCCCUGGGUUUUGGUUCAACGGUAGAGGUAGCACCAACCGGGAGAUGUGUGGUAGGUGUAUAUCACGAGUUUGAGUCCUUACAGGGAUUCAAGUCUGCUAUUUAAGCUGAGAAGGAUAUAAGGGCAGGCCCAUUAUCCACCAAGUUUCAGAAAUGGAGAGCAGAUUUCUCAGUUAUCAAAAAGAAUAAAUAUAGUCAUACAUGAAUCACCAUAUGCUCCUGCAAACAUACAUUGCGGAUAUGUGCGGACAUCGCAAAGCUUUAAAUGGACUGAAGCAAGCUCCCUGAGCUUUUUCUCUUGUUUCAGCACGAUAGUGGAACUUGCAAGUAGUCGCAUAUCAUAGCAAAGCUUUCUGAAGAUUGAAGAUCCUGGGGAGUGAGAAAUCAGUUCUUGAUGGUGAACGGGUAGAUGAUGUACGUUUCUGUUAGAUUGUCCCAUAUUGGUUGAGGAAAUGGAUGUUGUCUCCUUCUAUGGUGUUGGACAAUGAUCACCUUAUAAGAUAGCUUUUGAGGUUAAGUAUGGCCCAAGGUUCAUUUUCUUAAAAUUGUCAAAGUGGAACAUACAAGUAUAGCCAAAUCAAGAUGAGAUGGGACGGCCAUUCAGAGGCUGUAGCGGGACUACCAUAGGAAAGCCCGCCCCCGCUAGCUAACAUAGAAAGAGAUUCAUGCAUAGCAGUAGUCUCUAUGUGAAUCUCUUCCCGACCGGCCAGGCCAAAUUGGGGCACCACUUGGGAUGGUUACAUUUGAAGUUGUUCUAUAUAGUAGUAUAUCUUCCCCUAGAUUGAAGACCCUGGGGGAGUAAAAAGUCAGUUCUACAUGGUGAAAGUGGACAAUUUUUCUGUGGAAAAGUUGGCAACAGUGCUCUAACAGAAUCUCUAGCAGGUAUAAGAUUUGUCAAAGGUAAAUAUUCACUGGGGAAGAUGUAUAGAAUUUUUUUGGAGGAUAUGCUCAUAUAACCGACCCCAACUUGUUUGCUAUUGAGAUGUAGUUUUUGAAGGACAUGCUCAUAUAGCCGACCCCGACUUGUUUGGUACUGAGACGUAGUUGUUAUUGUUGUUGGCUAUUAAUUUUGUACUUUUUGUAUUUCUUGUUUCACAUUCUCGAUUCGAUUUUUAUUUAAUUUUUUCUGCCACCAUGGCUUUUUGUAAAUACAAUUUGGAGUUCAGGUCAUUUUCCUUUUAUAGCAAUAGAUCAAA